UAUCGGGUUUCAUUUUCAACAUGUGUGCACAACAUGUCGUCAACCUUGAUGAUUGUGUUGAAGUAUGGAGACUCGUUUGGGGUGAAGAUAUGUCAGGGUGAUUUUGUGUAUGAAGACCUCGUUGGCUUUGUCACUGAUAAGUGGUGCAGUUUGAAUGCGAGGGAUGUAUCGAUGACUUACAAUGUUGAUGGAUAUGGCGAGGGUAUGCUUGGCGAUAAUGAUGAGGUUUUGUUUAUGAAAGCGUUGAUUCGACAACUAGGUCUUGGCCGUGUCGAGGUAACCGUGAAGCGCAAAGACAACGUCUGUGCAGUAGCGUUGGCGAGGGCUCCACAAUCUAUUCCACAGAAUGUUGGGGGCCGGGGAAUUAUCUUAUGAAUAACAUGGGGAU